GGCCGCUUUUCAAAACGGUCACGCCCUCGUCUUCCCAAAAGUAUUUCUCACUCCGACAUUCAAACACCGCAUCUGUCAACCAUGUCCAGCAAAACUCUCCUCCUCAUUUCCGCUCUCGCCUUCUCAGCACCUCUUGCACAUGCUCAAGGAUCUUGGGCACGCAGGAUCUACUACACCGACAACACCUGUAGCACCAAUGUUGGCUAUCAAACGCACGUCUACUCGCCGCACGCAGCCUGCCCUGCGGUGCAAACUCCUGUUCCUAUCAACCAAGUGUGUGAGAAUAAAUCCACCAACGCAAAGGUGCCUUCCUCCGAGGGAACAGGCUGCGACGACGUAAAACAAAACUCACAAGUCAGUGAUGCGCCGUACUUCCCUCCCGCCGGCCAAGGAAAUAAGAUCCCCAACGCGAACUAUCUGACUGUGAACCAGUACAAUCAAGCGAAUGGAUGUGCGCUAGGGAAUGGGGAGGUAGUCAUUACGCAAACCAUGUACGCUGCAGAUGGAAAAUGUUACGUUAUGGAACCUGGCAUGUAUUUCAAGGCAGCUUGUAACAGUGCCGCAGGUGUUGUCCAGUGGUGCAAUGACGAUCAAUGUAGUGACUGCCCGUCUGCCAAGGCAGAGACAUAUCUCGCAAACUGUGGAGGGCCCAUGAUCCAGGGUCAGCCUGCAAAGAGUAUUUGUGUCCUAGCUGCAGGAGCAGUGGACCAACCUCUCCCGUCAAUCAACGGUACAACACUCCCCUCUGGCACGAUUACACAGCCAGUGCCAGCAUCGACUGCUACUGGAACCGCCACCUCCACGCCGUCUACAACCGCAAACGCGAAAUCAGAUGCCGGUCACUCUCUUAGAGGCGCCUUUGGUGCGAUAAUGAUGGGCAUUUUGGGCGCAUUCACGUUUUAAAGGAUAGAUAGAACUCUCACGUCUAGUGAGUGCUUUUGUAGUUACUCGUUUAGAUUCAUACAAUCUAUGUUCCAAUAUAAUAAGAUGUCAUAUAGAUAUAUAUAUAUAUAUAUAUAUAUAACGAUUAAGUACAA